AUGAUCCCUACUUUCAUUGUUGUGAAGGCUGUCAUCAUGUCCCUCUGUAAGGAUCCUGCUACUACUGUGAAUAAUCAUUUUGAUCAACUCCAGGAGUAUACCAUAUGUUCUCAUCUUGAGCAUUAUAAAAGCGAGCUCACCAGAGAUAAGAACCUCAAGAAACCAUCACUGGAUGAGUUCAAAACCAGAGUCAUUGCAUGCAAUAAGGGCAAAGGCCAUGCUAUUCAUCAUUCUUGUGUCACCAUUGAUACUGAGUCUGAUGAUGAUGAGGAUGACUCAGACAAGGUAGCAGUCCAUUCUGAUUCUGAUACCAAGUCUAUUAAAAUAGUUAUUGAUGAGGAGGCCUUCAGGGCUGGGUGGUUUCUGAAGUUUUCCAAGGCUAGGUCUGGCGAUGUGAUUACUGGGGACAAGCAUAAGGAACCCUACAAGGUCAGAGUCUUUGCAUGUUAUUGGUGUCUCUUUCACUAA